AUGUGACGUCAUCGCGUCGGAAUAGCGCGCGUGUGGCUGUGUGAGAUCUCGCGCGCCAUCGGAGAGCAGACGGAACAACUAUGGCGGAAAGGUAGGGAAGACGCUAACAAGGGGACUCAGCAUCAGCCAGAUACAAUCGGACCAACACACCAGCCUCAGUCUGCUCAAGCGGAAGUCGUUGUUCUAGAGCAGACUUUCUGUCCUGACACUCUUGGUUGUGCACCACGUCAGGCCCCUGGAACACGCAACGAUGCCGAAUAUUAAAAUUUUCAGCGGGAGCUCCCAUCAGGAUUUGUCUCAGAAAAUCGCCGACCGGCUCGGACUCGAGUUGGGAAAGGUCGUCACGAAAAAAUUCAGUAACCAAGAAACAUGUGUGGAGAUUGGAGAAAGCGUACGCGGCGAGGACGUGUACAUUGUACAGAGUGGCUGUGGCGAGAUCAACGACAACUUAAUGGAGUUGCUGAUUAUGAUCAACGCCUGCAAGAUAGCAUCAGCUUCCCGUGUCAGCGCAGUCAUCCCCUGUUUCCCUUACGCUCGUCAAGACAAGAAGGAUAAGAGCCGAGCACCAAUCUCUGCCAAGCUGGUGGCCAAUAUGCUGUCUGUCGCAGGAGCAGAUCAUAUCAUUACCAUGGAUCUGCAUGCCUCUCAGAUACAGGGCUUCUUCGACAUACCCGUGGACAACCUGUACGCUGAGCCUGCUGUGCUGAAGUGGAUUAAGGAAAAUAUUCCUGAAUGGAAGAACUGCACCAUUGUCUCUCCAGAUGCUGGAGGAGCUAAAAGGGUCACGUCUAUAGCAGAUCGACUGAAUGUUGACUUUGCCCUCAUUCACAAAGAAAGAAAGAAGGCUAAUGAGGUGGAUCGCAUGGUGUUGGUGGGAGACGUGAAAGACCGCGUGGCUAUCUUAGUCGACGACAUGGCUGACACAUGUGGCACCGUCUGCCAUGCCGCUGACAAGCUAUUAUCAGCUGGUGCCACCAAGGUGUAUGCCAUCCUUACUCAUGGCAUUUUCUCAGGGCCUGCAAUAUCGCGCAUCAACAAUGCCUGCUUUGAAGCUGUAGUCGUGACCAACACCAUUCCACAGGAAGAGAAGAUGAAGCAUUGUCCUAAAAUACAGGUCAUCGACAUUUCAAUGAUCCUUGCAGAGGCUAUUCGGAGGACCCACAAUGGCGAGUCUGUCUCGUAUCUCUUCAGUCAUGUCCCCUUGUAACCUCUUCUCAGCGCAUAUCCCUUUAUUGUGCUUUAUUACCAAAAGAAGAAAGAAAGAAAGAAACAAGGGAGCCUGACCCUAAGACCUCAGUAAGCUGAUUGAGACCCCAAAGAAAAUUUGCCUUCUGUGAAAUCCUGGCACCCAGUCUACCUGUCUGAGCUGUACAUCUCUAGUUGAGGAUUCUAGCAAGUCUUUAAAAAGACUGUGAACAUUUAGUUCCUAGUCUUAAACGCAUUCUGUUUAGUACCUUACACGGGUUGCGACUAGCUCGACUAGAUGCUUGACCAUUCGGUGACAAUCUGUUACAUUUUAUUUAUUUGGGUUUGAUUUGUAUAAGUUGAUUGGAAUACAUGUAUCUACACAGGCAAGAAAGUCAAGUUAGUUGAGUGAGUUUGUUUCCUUUCCUUCUUCCUUUUUUUGUUUGUUUUAGUAAAUGCUGGGGGAUCGUAAGUUAGGGUCUCUGCAGGCUGGAGCUUCCUUGGUAGUUUUCUUUUUCCACAUUCUUUAUUUUAUUUUUUUAAAUUUAAAUGUAUUGUUAUGAAAUAAUUUCGCCAUACUUUCUUAGGAUCCACCAAGAAUUGUUUCACUUUUAUAUAUAGUUUGAGUUUCUAUUAUUUUUCAUUUCAAAUUUGCUAAACUUGUUCUUAUUAAAGAAUUGUGACAAAGAGCGAG